UCGAAAACGGUCUCGUUGAAGCGGUCGUCUGACUCACUGCUUCAGUACCUUAGACAAAGGAAUGGCCAAGACACAUUGGGCUAUUAUUUUUGUGACAUUUUUAAUCUCCUGCAUUUCGCUAGCAAUACUUAUUGUUAGCAUUUGCACGUCUUACUGGAUUGUUGCUUCGGCGAAACACCAAAGUGCUACCAGAGACAGUGAAGUUCACUAUGGGUUAUUCUCUGGGUCUCUGUCGAAAUAUGUCCUUUCGUCGGGAAGUAAUUACGAUUUGACAAUCACGUGCGACUACGGUGAAGGAGCUUGCAUCUACAGUUGCCAACAAAGUGAAAAUGCUCGACAGGAUGAAUUGCGGCGGAUAUUAAACAAGGAACCCGUAUUAACGUGUCCAACAGCAAGGAAUGCGGCACGGUUUCUCAGAUCUAGUGAUGCCGGAAAAGCAAUGUUUGAUGGAGUAGACAUACAAAAUGAUAACGGCACGAUAAUGCAGAAGCAAGGCAACGACCAGCCUGAUAACGAACAAUACAUAAUUUCCGGAUACUGGGCAUCUACCGUAACGUUCAUCUCAUUCUCCAUAAUUUUCACCACUUUUUCUGCAAUUCUGUCCAUCGUAAACGUGAUUUUCAAUCCGGUUGAACUGAUUUUCAAUAUUUUUGGAUUGUACGUCUGGAAUGCAUUGUCUGCAACAAGCAUGAUUCUCGUGCUGAUAUUGUGGGGAGUUCUGUUUGAUACAUCGCUGCAGUACAAUAUCGCGAUAACGGACACCUUGCAAUCACCAACCCCCUACAGUUCUGAUGGGUUGGCAACAAUGGGAUAUUCAUGCUGGAUCAUAUUUGCUCCUUUAACCUUUUGUGUAGUGAAUAUUUCAUUGCUACUAUUCAGGAAGUAUCUAAUUGAGAAGCGCGCACCACCCCCUACGAUCACAGUGGAGAGGAAUGAUUAUACUAUUAUGUUGUAUUAGUUAAAUUUUAUGUGAAUAGUAAUUAGUGAAAUAUUUUAAUUGUACGAAUAUGUUGCAGUUGCACUGACUAAAGUUGGCAGCAUAUAUUUGAGCUUCCUUAUCAGGCGGAAAAACAGGAUUGAUUCUAAUCCAAGCAAAACAAAAACGUGCCCUCAGAAAUUUGUUUUUGACUUAUA